AUUCAUGUUUUAUAUCAUUGACAAAUGACUUAAGAUUAGCGGUACCCUACUGUCAAAUGGUGUAUGGAAACAUGUUAUAUUUAAUAAUUUGAAAAAUUAAAAUAAUAUCAAAGAUAGUAUAACCGAAUUUAUAUAAAAUGUCUCAUCAUUAUGUGGUUACGGCUCACAAACCAACUGCAGUUACAGCAUGUGUAACUGGUAAUUUCACAUCAUCUUCCGAUUUGAAUCUAAUUGUUGCUAAAAAUACUAGAUUAGAAAUUUAUUUAGUAACACCCGAAGGUCUAAGACCAAUAAAAGAAAUCGGAUUAUAUGGAAAAGUAGCUGUUAUGAAAUUAUUUAGACCACAGAAUGAAUGGAAAGACUUACUUUUUAUAGUGACCUUAAGGUACAACGCCAUGAUAUUGGAGUGUAUUAGUGAUGGUGAGAAUAUUGAUAUUAUCACUAAAGCACACGGUAAUGUAGCUGAUAGAAUAGGGAAACCUUCUGAAACUGGAAUAUUGGCUGUAAUAGAUCCAAAAGCUAGAGUUAUUGGUCUCAGACUUUAUGAGGGGCUUUUUAAAAUCAUACAGUUGGAUAAUAAUUCAGAAUUAAAAGCAACUAAUUUUAGGAUGGAAGAGUUACAAGUCCAUGAUGUUGAAUUCUUACAUGGAUGUGCAAAUCCUACAUUAAUAUUAAUCCAUCAAGAUGGAAAUGGUCGUCAUGUGAAAACACAUGAGAUUUCUUUAAGAGAAAAAGAAUUUGUGAAAAUACCAUGGAGGCAAGAUAAUGUAGAAACUGAAGCUUCCAUUAUUAUCCCAGUACCAUCUCCUCUUGCGGGAGCAAUUAUUAUUGGCCAGGAGAGCAUUUUGUACCAUGACGGUAUCACACCAGUAGUGGUAGCACCACCAGUUAUUAAACAAAGUACAAUAAUAUGUUAUGCUAAAGUGGAUCCUGGAGGCCUGCGGUACCUCCUUGGAGAUAUGGCUGGCCAUUUAUUCAUGUUGUUCAUUGAAACAGAAACUAGAACUGAUGGUAUCGAGAUCGUCAAAGACCUAAAAGUUGAACUUUUAGGUGAGAUUGCAACUCCUGAAUGUAUAACAUAUCUUGAUAAUGGUGUACUUUUCAUCGGAUCUAGAAUGGGUGACUCUCAGUUAGUGAAAUUGAAUACAAAAGCUGAUGAAAAUGGUUCUUAUGUCACUAUUAUGGAGUCUUUCACAAAUUUAGCACCAAUUUUAGAUAUGUGUGUUGUCGAUUUAGAGAGGCAAGGCCAAGGGCAGCUUGUCACUUGCUCAGGCGCUUUUAAAGAAGGAUCUUUACGAAUUAUUAGAAAUGGUAUUGGCAUACAAGAACAUGCAUCUAUAGAUUUACCAGGUAUUAAAGGGAUGUGGGCACUACAAGUUGCAGGUAGUAAACAAGAUAAUACUCUGGUUCUUUCUUUUGUUGGUCAAACUAGGGUCUUGAGUUUAAAUGGGGAAGAAGUGGAAGAAACUGAUAUUGCUGGGUUCGCAUCAGAUCAACAAACAUUCUUUUGUGGGAAUGUCAUUCACGAACAGAUCAUUCAAGUAACUCCAACGUCGGCAAGACUUGUUUCUGCACAAACUAAAAAUUUAUUAGCUGAAUGGAAACCACCCACUGAAAAAAACAUAAGUGUUGUUGCUUGUAAUACGUCUCAAGUAAUUGUCUCGACUGGAUCUGCUUUAUACUAUUUGGAAAUACAUCCAAAUGAAUUAAUAUUGAAAGGAAAUACAACAUUAGAUGUAGAAGUAGCAUGUCUCGACAUUAGUAUUCUAGGAGAAGGUACAACUUCAGAUUUAGUUGCUGUAGGAUUAUGGACAGAUAUAUCUGCAAGAAUUUUAAGAUUACCCGAUUUAUCUGAAUCUACUAAGGAACUAUUAGGGGGAGAGAUAAUACCUCGAUCAGUCCUAAUGGCAAGUUUUGAAGGUCACAAUUAUCUGUUAUGUGCACUUGGUGACGGUUCCAUGUUCUACUUUACACUUCACAAAGAUUCAGGACUGUUAAGUGAAAAGAAAAAAGUAACAUUAGGCACUCAACCGACAGUUUUAAGGACAUUCAGAUCUUUGAGUACAACAAAUGUUUUCGCUUGUUCAGAUAGACCGACUGUUAUUUAUUCAUCUAAUCAUAAAUUAGUAUUCUCAAAUGUAAACAUGAAAGAAGUCAAUCAUAUGUGUUCUCUCAAUGCCGAAGCUUAUCCCGAUAGCCUGGCUUUAGCAACAGAUACCUCAGUGACAAUUGGAACAAUUGAUGAAAUCCAAAAAUUACAUAUAAGAACAGUACCAUUGCAAGAGUCAGCUAGAAGAAUUGCAUAUCAAGAACAAACUCAGACAUUUGGUGUGGUGACAGCUCGUAUCGAUAUUCAAGAUUCAACAGGAUUAAAUCCAGCACGACAGAGUGCAUCUACAAUGGCACAAUCUGUUACAAUUUCAAGUAGUGUAGGAUCAUUAGGAAUUAGCAAGUCUAGUAGUAGCAGUUUAUUAUCAAGUCAAGUUCCUGAUUAUGGUCAAGAAGUAGAAGUACACAAUUUACUUAUAAUCGAUCAAAACACAUUUGAAGUAUUACAUGCACAUCAAUUAAUGCAACAAGAAUAUGCAAUGUCUCUUGUGUCUUGCACUUUAGGAAAUGAUCCUAAUCCAUAUUUUAUUGUUGGUACAGCUAAUGUUAAUCCCGAAGAAGCGGAACCUAAACAGGGGCGCCUUUUGGUAUUCCAUUGGAGCGAAAACAAAUUAACACAAGUUUCAGAAAAAGAGAUCAAAGGAGCUUGUUACUCACUGGCUGAAUUCAAUGGAAAAUUAUUAGCUAGUAUAAAUAGUACAGUGAGACUUUUUGAAUGGACAGCCGAGAAAGAAUUGCGGCUGGAAUGUUCACAAUUCAAUAAUAUUAUAUCGUUAUAUUUGAAAACAAAAGGAGAUUUUAUAUUAAUUGGAGAUUUAAUGAGGAGUAUGACUCUAUUGCAAUACAAAACAAUGGAAGGUAGUUUUGAAGAAAUUGCAAGAGAUUAUAAUCCUAAUUGGAUGACAGCUGUCGAAAUUCUAGACGAUGAUACUUUUCUGGGUGCCGAAAACAAUUUCAAUAUGUUUGUUUGUCAGAAAGACAGUGCCGCCACAACAGACGAAGAGCGCUCACAAAUGCAAGAAGUGGGUCAGUUUCAUGUUGGGGAUAUGAUAAAUGUAUUUAGGCAUGGCUCUCUUGUUAUGCAAAAUAUUGGAGAAACGUCAACACCUACAAGAGGGUGUGUCUUGUUCGGUACUGUUGGAGGAGCAAUUGGUUUAGUAACACAAAUUCCUCAAGAUUUCUACGAAUUUUUGCAAGAAUUGCAAAACAAAUUAGCAUCUACGAUAAAAUCUGUUGGCAAAAUUGAACAUUCUUUCUGGAGAGCAUUUCAUACAGAUAUUAAAACUGAAAACAGUGAAGGUUUUAUAGAUGGGGAUUUAGUGGAAAGCUUUUUAGAUUUAUCACAAGAUAAGAUGAAAGAAGUGGCAGAUGCAGUAGGAAUGACUGUAGAAAAUGCAGUGAAAAUGGUAGAAGAUUUAACUAGGAUACACUAGAUAGAUAUUUUUCUGUUUUAAAGUGUAUUUCUUUGGUGUACAUUAAUAACACAGUAUGUUUUUAUAUAGUUCCUUGAAUAAUGUUUGAAAUAAAAAAAUUUAUAAUAAAAUUAUUUUUAUUUUAAAUUAAA